AUGGGCAGACGAGAUAGCCCCGAGCAUCAGGUAGCCCCCGCCAACCUUGAGGUGACCAGGCUGCUGCGACAACUGUGCGGGGGAGACGGCGCCGGAAGCCGCAGUGAGCGAGUCUCCGGUACAAAGAACGCUCAACUGUUGUGUAUCAGCGGCGGCAGUCCCAGACAACACAGUACUCCGCAAUUGUUGAGGAUCCUAGAAGAGACGAUCCAGAAGAAGGCGCCAAAGACUUUGUUCCCUAAGUCUCUAUCAGCCCGCGACAAGGAUCGGUACCGCAUGACCUUCAACAUCCCGGACAGUACCUUGGACAAUAUGUUUCAAUACCGGACCAAGUUCGUACAACACAUGCUCACCAGCCCCAUGUACGCGAAUAGCACGGUGGGCAAGCCUUGGGAGAAAAUCGGCAGGGUGUCAGAGCAAAUUAUCGAUGAUCUACUUCUAAGUUGCGCCAAAGAAAUGGAGCUGCAGAGUUUUCUUACAGAUUUAUAUAAAAGCGAAACUAGUUGA